GUCUCUCAGUUCGGGGGGCCGAACUUUUCGGAGUAUAGCGCUCGCUGCGUGUAGAGCAAAGCCCGAGCGCGCGCGUGGACGAUGCUUUGUUUGCGUGGGUUUAAGCGUUGCGACCGUGUGCCCAUCGGUUGUUAAACAAAUGGCCGGUGUCGGUAUCGCGUAUUUUCAAAUCGUUUCGAGAGUGAAAGUAUCGGGCUGUUGGCUGCCGGCUUCCGUCGCGGAAAACUCCGCAGAAAUAUGUGCGAAAGGUUAGGACAUAACCUAUGCGGAAAAGUGCGUUUUCUCCAAUUUUUGCGCGUCUCGCGGACCCAAGCGGUAAUGUAUUGUGUGCCGAGGUAAGAAAUACGCGUUGCGCGAGAGAAAGGCUACCAGCCGAUUCGGAUUUUUCGCUGAGGAGCAAGACUCGGCGAGGAUCAGGAUUUUCGGAGCUGUGCGAAUGUUGGACGAGGAAAUCGUGCGUGGAGCCAGAUUCGGAAGCUGCAACUACUUGUUGCUCAGCGCACCUAGAUCUCGUGCGGUGCUUCAAACUGGAGGAGGACAAUGGGGACUGUGAGAUUCGGCGAGAAUCAAGUAAAACAAGCCGUCUGAGCAUGAUUUCUUUGCUACGCCGCAACCGAAAACAGAAGGCCAAAAGCCAGCAGCGACCCCUGACACGCAGUUUGAUCGUCGAUCAGCGCAAGGAGAUGGCAGAACCCGUGGCCAAUCUCGAGCUUUACAACGACAACUCGUUAGACAGCCUCGUCUUCGCUGCUUCCCUUGGACUAGCCUCGAUUCAUCAUCCGUCCCAGUCACCAAAUGACGUCCUUCUGUUACUACAAGAUCAACCGAAUAAACAACAGCAGCCGCAGCAGCAAAAACAACAGACCACCAAAGGGCAGCAGCAACAGCAGCAGCAACAGGGUCAAAUGGAAUUUCAUUGCAGAUUUUGCGGAAAGGGUUACCGAUGGAAAAGUACGAUGAGGCGACACGAGACGCUCGAGUGCGGCGACAAGCCGCCGUCUUUUCAGUGUCCCGAGUGUCCCUACAGGGCUAGACAGAGGGGCAACCUUACGGUGCACCUGAAGCGUCAUCAUCAGAGGGUCUAAUGAUUGACGAUGAGUAAUUUUUUGGAUUGUACAUUUUUUCUUUUGUAUUGCCAACAAUGUAUCUAGUUGGCGCCUUUUUGAAUUCUUAUAUAUUUUUGAACUAAAUUUUAUACCGAAUUUGUGAUUCAUUGAUAUUUUGUUAAGUUUUUCUCGACUAUAUCGUGGACCGAAAUUCUUUGGAUGCUGGCAGACCGAUUUCAAUGCUACCUUUUUUCAGCUAUAUUCUCGACUCAUUCUUUUUUAUUCAACGAAAUAAGAAUGUUUAUGAGUCUAAAUAACGGAGUUUCAAAAUCGUGGCUAAUGAUUGGUUAAUCGCGCAUUGUACACAAAGUAUGAAAAAAUUUAAUACUAUAAUUGACGGUCUUCAUUCCACUAAAAUUUAAUAAAAACAGCUUUUUCGUGAUACGUAUAACAUCAAGAAAUAAAAUACAAAAGAAGAUUUUCGUAGGAUUAACGAUAUUACUUGUUCGUGAGAAAAUUGAUUAUUUACAGGGAUUUACUUUCAAUUUGAUAAAUUAUUUUUGUACCAGCCGUAAUGAUUACCUACGUUUGUAAGAUAUUAGAAGUGUGAAUAUUUUUUUCUACUUAUGAUUGUCCUUUAUGAAACCGUAGUAAUCGUUGCUUUUCUAUCUACAGUGAUAUUUUGUUUUGCCUACUUUAACUAUUGUAUAAGUUCAUAACUAAAAUUAAAAAAUUCAUGGUUUACAAUUUUCCUAUUUAUAUCUUCUGUCACUUGUUUUUUGAUGUUUGCUCGAAAUUUGAUAUGUAAUUUAUAUGGUAUUGCAUAUAAAAUUUCAUUUAAGUUAUUAUUUCAUGAGAAAGCUGGUGCGAUCACGAAAGAUUUUCGAAUUUCGAUAUUUAUGUAAAAUGAUCAUAUUAAGUCAUCUCGUUGUCGUAGAACUUUACAAUUUAUACACUUACGUAUUAAGCAUUUAUAUAAGAACUAUUUUCGCGAAAAACAUGGAAGCUAUUUUUACAAAAAAAAAAACUUACUUUUUAAGAAUUUCGUAGUUAUGUAAGUUCAGUGAGUGUCGAUUUUAAAGUGAUUCAUACCUUUCGAUACAAACAUGUAAGAGACCUUAAAAUUAAUAUUGUUUUAAUGGAGCAAGCUAAAAUAUAAGUGCGUCAUAAAUAUUACUGCUACUACUAAUGGAUAAAUAUCAUUGAACAUUUAAUAUUUCGAUUUAUAUAUCAAGUAUUGGAGAUUAACACAGAUAUUUCAUCUUGCUUCCGUGGAUUGAUUAAAAUAAGUAUUCGUAGUUUGUAAUUAAAUUCGAUAAUUUCGUAUAUGAAUUUGAUUUAACCGCAUAAGACAAAUAUUUCGGGCGAUAUUCCAGUCUUGAUGUAACGGGUCCAAUUUUCAAAUGAAAAAUCAUGAUAAUUAUUUUUUAUGAAUAUUUAUCAAGAGUUGCCGUUGUGUACGAUGAAAAGGCUUUUAUAAACAAACAUGUACUUUUGACUAUUUAUAUUACAAAAUGUGCCUUACAGAUGCAUACAUUCUACAAAAGACAUUCCUUUUCUACACCGGGUGAUGACAUUUAUUUGACAUAAAUGCUUACCUCAUCACCCUUGAACUAUUUUAUAAAAUGUAACUGGAAAUAAUUUAGGGUUUGAUAACUUAUAACUACAUGAAACCUUAGAUUAAGCCCAUGCGAUCAUAUUUUUAUAAUCAUUUAUAAUGUGUGUAUACUCAAUACAAUAAAUAAAACAUCUUUGAUAUAUACCAAGUAUUUUUAUAAACUUGUAUGUAUAGUACUUAUUAAUUAAAUAACAUGAAACUGUACAUGUU